AUGCCUGAUUCAGGAAAAAACGUCUUCAUUGUCGGACCUGGCUUCAUCGGCUGGAAUGUCCUUGACUUGCUCAUUGGCGAAGGAUACAAUGUCACAGGUUUCGUGCGGAGAAAAGAGCACGGCGAGCAGAUCGAGGCCUCCGGGGCUCAAGUGGUGUUCGGAGAUUUGAAUGACAAACAAGUCAUUGCAGAGCAGACUACGAAGCAUGAUAUUGUGCUGCACACAGCAACUGCGGACCACCUCCCCAGCGUCCAAGCCAUCAUCGAUGGAAUAGCGCAACGUGCCGGCAAAGGCCUCUCAACAAUCUUUAUCCACACUUCCGGAACUUCGCUCACGGACGACUUUCAAGAAUUGGGCAACAAUUCCAAGUCCGACAAGAUCUAUCACGACAACAAGCGUGAGGAAGUCGACGCUUUACCCGAUGGUGCUCCACACCGUGAGAUCGAUCUGGCCAUCGCCAAAGCCCAGAGAGACCUGGGAGAGAAGGCCAAGCUCGCCAUCAUGAUCCCCCCUUUGAUCUGUGGCUUCAAUCACCAGCAUAAACGCCUGUCUAUCCAGAUUCCGACUUUGACCCGCUUUGCUCUGAAACGUGGCUAUGCUGCUCACGUUGGUAAAGGUCUCGGCGUGGAGUCCAACAUUCAUGUCCUCGAUCUCGCCAGAGCGUAUGUCGUGCUGCUGCAUCACUUGGAGGCGUCAUCCCCGGCAAAGGCUCUCGAGAACCCGUACUACUUCUGCGAAACCACUGGUGACCAGGAGCCUUCUUGGAAAGAUGUGGCAACCCUUAUUGGCGAGCAGUUGCAUAAGGCCGGCAAGAUCCAGGACCCGACGCCAAGAGAGUUGAAGCAGGAGAAUUGGGGCGAUACAUUUGGCGAGUUUACUGGUGCAACACUCGGUCUGAAUAGUCGCAGUCGAGCAGUGAGGUUGAGGGAGCUUGGCUGGCAGCCGACCGAGAAGGACUGGAAGCGUAGUUACAUUGAGGAUGAGCUGCCAGAGAUCCUCAAAGAAGACCAGAAGGAAUUUGCAGGCUACAUGGGGACUGUUGCAUCGUAG